AUGAAUAUUGGUCACCAUUUCUACGCUGAUGACACUCAGUUACUUGAUUCCUUCCUGCCUCAGAACGCCCACACUGCUGUCUCUCAUAUGGGUAUCUGCACCCGCAACAUUCAGUGUUGGAUGAACACAAACAUGUUGAAAAUAAACACAGACAAGACAGAAGCCAUGUUGAUUGGUACACGUGAUAAGCGGAACAAGGCAAAUGUUUCAUCUCUUAGUGUUGGACAGUCCCAGGUUCUUUUCACUGACUGUGUUAGAAAUCUGGGAGUUAUCCUGGACAAUGACCUGUCAAUGGAUCAGCACAUCACUAUGACCUGCAGAGCUUGUCACUAUCAUCUCCGGAACAUCGGCAACAUCCGGCACCUGCUGUCUACUGAUACUGCCCAUAUGCUUGUCAGGAGUUUAGUGUUAUCCAAGCUGGACUACUGUAAUAGUCUUUUAUGUAACAUCACCAAUGAACAAAUGUCCAGGCUUCAGCGCAUUCAGAAUUCUGCCGCAAGGAUAGUUACACGAUCAAAGAAAUCUGUGCACAUCACGCCCAUACUGAUGAAACUGCACUGGCUACCUGUUGAUGCACGUGUUCAGUAUAAAGUGCUUGCACUGGCUUAUCAGUGUUAUCACCAAUCAGCGCCUUCCUACCUGUCUGAACUCACACAAGUCUACCACCCAUCUAGAGUCCUCCGAUCUGCCCAACAACAUCUCUUCUCUGUUCCAACCCCACGUCUGAGACGAUUUGGUCAGAGAUCAUUUACUUACAAUGCCACCACUCUCUGGAAUAAACUCCCAGAUUAUCUUAAAGGAAUCCCUACUCUGCAAAUGUUCAAAGACAGUCUCAAAACAUUUCUCUUCACUCAGUUCUAUAGACUCUAA